AUGACCAACAUUGGUUAUGGGAGCAACAACGAAACAAAGCACAUGCUUCUGGAAGUUCCAGGUGCCUGGCAUAAAGGGGCUUACAUGCUGCAGAUGCACAACAAAUCUUACUGUGCUGAGAUUACUCACAGCGUCUCCUACAAGAACCGCAAAGCCGCUGAGGAGAGAGCAGCCCAUCUGGCCGUCAGAGUCACCCAUCCCCAUGCCAGGCUGUGCAGCCAAGAAAAUAUACCAUAUUGUGUUAGUAAAGCCUUGGACACGGGGAAGCAGGAGAAAUGUAAGGUCCACAGUGUGCAAUUCAUGGAGUUCUCAGAAGUGGAGAAUCAGGACGACUACUAUAGCACAGGAGCUGGCUGCAUCCACACCCAGGACCAGCAGGGGCUGCAUGUCAUGUAUGAUGAAGCCUUGCGUGAUCUGGAGGAACUAGAGGCAGAGCUGCUGCUCGUGGCCAGCCACUACAUUGAGAAAGAGAAAGGUCACAAAGAGGGCAGCGAGUCAAACACUGGCCUGGAUUGGGGAUGGGCCCAUGCGGGUGUGGACAGGUUUGCUGUGCUGUAUGACUUGUGGACUUGGGAAGCAGCUCUUCUAGAAAACAAGCGCCAGCUUCUUGACAGUUAUUUUGAAGCCUAUCAGCAUGUGCUGGACCCCGAGGAGAGGUUUGCCUUAGCACAGGUCAUCACUGACAUCAUGCACAGGCGCCCCAGGUUUGAGCUCAGCCACCCGUAUUUCACCAAGUCCUACCAAGAUGAGUGCGCCUGUCUGAGGCUCCACUGGCAGCUGGUGCGGGGCAUCCUCAACCAGCAGAUAGAAAAUCAGCGGGAGUAUGUCCAGAGGCUUUGGCAGGAAGACCGUUCAGAUGAUAGCAAUAAAUUUGGACUUCCACUUAACAUCAUUUGCAAGCAACUUAUUUCCAUAAACAAUAGCUGCCCAGCCUUGAAAAACAUUUAUCUGCUGGAGUUCCACCCUUCCCUGGGUCUAGCUUCACUCAUCCCCAGAACCCUUGAACACCUCCUCCGGGAGGCCCGCUGUGCCUGCAGACCCACAUCAGCCAGUGGCCUCACCCUGCUGGAGAGACGCAUCCUUAGGUUGGCCCUGGACGUGUGGCUGACCCCUGCCAAGCCCGAGUCUGCGUACAGUGCACAGCUUCAGAAAGAUCUGUUUUCAGCUAAAGUGAUGAGUGAUCCUUUCCUCGUGCAGGAGAUAGGCCUGCUUGCACUCAAGUCUGCAGCGGUCGGAGGGCAGAGCCAGGGCCAGGAUUCCCACGCACUGCUCCUGGAGACAUUUUCCAAGCUCCUGGAACUCUUGACCCUCCGCCACCGGCUGAUAGAAAUGAGUCUGGAGAGUGUCUACUUAGCACGCCUCUAUAAGGAGUUGGCAUUGGAAAUGGGUUUUGAAGAAUUCCAUUUGUAUCUGAGGGCUAUUCACUUUGAAUUUGCAUCAUACAAGGAUAAGGUGGACUGUUCACCGCCUGCCUUUAUAACCUCUCUGCUGGAGGACAGUGAUCGUGUAGACAGAUAUUCCCCUGCUACCUUGCUCUUGGCCAUUUCCGAGUUGGAUGAUAACCAAGUGGGCAAAUUUAGUUUUUAUAUGAAGGAAGCCAUUCUUAAGCUCUUAUUCCAUUCAGGAGUAGAAAAUAUGCAAGUGACCCUCGCAUGCCAAGCUGUUCAGAAAAAUGCCUUGAUGGUGGCUGUCCAGCAGGCAGCCUUCUAUCACGCUUCCCAAGGAGGCUGUCCUGCUGAUGUCAAGGAAAUACAUUUAGAUUGGAGAAAUCACAACUGCCGUUAG